AUGAAUGCUCGAAGAAUGGAUCGCAAGAAAACCAUGACCAUGAAUUGGGAUGGCCUACGAGACGACGAUGAUGAGUUCUUCGACCCUAGCGAUACAGGUCACGAGUCGGAAGGUUCUGAUGACGAGAACGAAGAUUUCGAUGACUGUCACGUUUCUUUCGCUUCCACGGUGCCGCCGGUCACAACGGAGUUUCGAACCGUCGCCGCCACCGCAACCCCUGUGGCUCCCGACUACGAUAUGUGGAUGACGUCUCCAGGGUCCAUUAAGGCACGGAGGCAAAAGCUUUUUCAAGGCAUGGGCUUAAAUUCUAACAAACAACUACUCAGUCUUAAACGUGCCAUUACCAACAAGGUCGCUUUCCAUCCGGCUUCGACUCCGGCUCCUGCUCGUGCUCCUGCUCCUGCUCCUGCUCCUGCUCCUGCUCCUGCUCCUGCACCUGCAUCUGCACCUGCUCCUACUCGUGCUGCUACUCCUACUCCUACUCCUACUCCUACUACCGCUUCGGCAAAACCCGAAGUUCCGGUAGCUACUAAGAGCAGUGCUCCUACAAAGGAACCCCAAAAAUCCAGUGAAGAAUCUUCGAAACGGGAAUUGCAAUCUCACUUGCCGGUUUCUUUCUUGCUGGUACGAUCCCGGUCCGAAGGCGAGAUUGAGUCACGUUCGAUCGAGAAGCAAAGGAAACUAGAUAUGUUGGGUACGGUAUCAAAGCAACGCCUAGCGAGAACGUAUUCUAUGAUAUCAACCCCACAAGCAAAAGCAUACCUACGCCCGGGAAACAUUAAGGCUUCGAAGGGUAACCAGACAAGCAAGCAAAGCGGGCCUUUAACCUCGAUAUUCUCUAAACGUGGGUUCGAAGCAUUUUUCUUAAUUAAGAAUUUAGAUACGGGGAAAGAGUUCAUCGUCAACGAGUAUGAUCAAGACGGGAAGUGGAACAAGCUGAGUGAUCUUCAAACGGGUAAGAAGUUAACGAUGGAGGAAUUCGACAAAUGUGUGGGGUAUUCGCCAGUGGUGAAAGAGCUAAUGCGUCGAGCAAAUGAUAACAAGUCCAACUCGUAUAUUUCCAAGAGCUUGAAGAUGAGCAUGAGUAAAGGUGCAGCCAUGUUGAAGAGCAUUAAAGGGGUGGCUAAUUCCAUGGCAUUAAGAGGGGAGAAGGAGAGGGAGGUAGUGUUAGCCCUGGAACAAAAGAAUAAUGCCAACAAGAAUGGAAAUAACCAAUGGGUGAAAGUUAGACAAACAGGGAAAUCAUACAAGGAAUUGAGUGCUUUAAAUUUAUGUCAAGAAAUUCAAGCUCAUGAGGGAUCCAUUUGGAUCAUCAAGUUUAGUACGGAUGCCAGGUAUUUAGCCAGUGCCGGUGAGGAUACGGUAAUUCAUGUGUGGGAAAUUCAAGAAUGUGAGGUGUUGUCCAACAAUGAAGGGAGUUCAGUAACACCAGGGAGUUCACCACUUCAUCCAUCCCUCGCAGGCUCAAUGGAUCUAGAUGCCGAUAAAAGGAAAGGAAAGGUUCCUGAUUAUGUCCGUAAGCCUGAAGUUGUGUUUUCGCUCUCUGACAGACCAAUCUAUUCUCUCAAUGGCCAUACCGAAGAUGUUUUGGACUUGUCCUGGUCCAAAUCUCAGCAACUACUUUCAUCUUCAAUGGAUAAAACUGUAAGGCUAUGGGACCUGGAAAGCCAGAGUUGUAUAAAGGUGUUUGCUCAUAGUGACUAUGUAACUUGCAUACACUUCAACCCUUCUGACGACAAUCAUUUCAUAAGCGGAUCGCUCGAUGCGAAAGUUCGAAUUUGGAACGUACCAGAGAGGAGAGUUGUUGAUUGGACUGAUCUCAACGAAAUGGUUACCGCCGCCUGCUACUCCCCUGAUGGCCAGAGUGCCUUCAUUGGUUCACAUAAAGGCAAUUGUCGACUGUACAGUACUGAAGAAUGCAAACUAAAUCAGCUAGAACAGAUUUUUGUUCAAAAAAGCAAGGCUAAUGCUAAAAAGAUCACUGGUUUCCAGUAUUGUCCAACUAAUCCAUCUCAAGUACUCGUUACUUCCGCGGAUUCUCGAAUCCGAAUCUUGGAAGGAUCAGAAGUCAUUUAUAGAUGCAGCGGGUUCCGAAACACCAGCAGUCAAAUUGCGGCAUCGUUUACUCAAGACGGAAAAUAUGUGUUAACUGCAAGUGAAGAUUCCCAAGUAUUCGUUUGGAGGUAUGACGAGCCUCGAAACACAGGCACAGCGAAAAGAACUGCAGUCCCUGCUCGAGGUUACGAGCAGUUCCCGUGUAAAGCUGUUUCGGUAGCAAUCCCGUGGCCUGGGACUAUAAAAGGCGAGACUCCGUCGAUGUCAAAGAAAAACUCGAAACGAACCCAACCCGGUGAAUCACCAAACAAUGAAGACGACACUCAACCGAACAAGAAAGGCUUGCCACCACUUCCUAAGAAGAACAACACAGAGAAAACUACUAGUCCUUCGGAAGAAGAUCCAGCACAAGCUUCUGCUGUUGAUCCUGGGAUCCCCGAGUCAUCGUCUUCGAUGUCGAGAUCUUCGUCAUCAAGCAAAGACGAUUCGCCAUCCGAUUCAUCAGCUAGCAACCUCAACUCUUCUUCCUCAAUAAAAGCUGGGGAUUCGUCUUCUAAUGCCAACACUGGCUCCACAAAAAGCGAGGAAUCAGGUUCGGUGCCGUCUGCAGCAGCAGCACCAUCCAUUUGGUCAUGGUUCGAUGUUGUAGGCGGUGGAGCUGGAAACACUCCUACGGAAACAACGGCUUGGGGCCUAGUAAUCGUUACAGCCACACUAGAUGGUGAAAUCAAGAUCUACCAAAAUUUUGGGUUGCCACGUAAAAUUAACCUCAUCUAAACAUUGAUUGAUUACACAACAACAAAGUUUAGCCCCAAGCAAUCAAAUUAAGCUGCAAGAGAGGUUUUAUUUUUUUUUCUUAUAAGACUGUUUUGUAUAUUAAUAU